CGUCCUGCCAGGUGAGACUUGCUGCCUGGUGUCGCAGGAGAGAGGAGCUUGUUCAGCCCAGUCUGGAGUGGCAUACUCUUCUUGGUUCUGCCCGAAGAUUCAGACCCAUUCAUCUCUGAAGAAUUUGUACAGGAGGUGACAUUCACGUGAUAAGAAACAGGGGAAGGUCUGUGUCUGAGAUAAAAGGACUUGGCUUUUCCUUAAGGUCACACUAUACCAGGACCUGCCAGGAUGUUGGCAUUGGCUCUCCUCGCCUUACUCUGUGUGUCAGCCGAGUCUGUCCAGCCACGGGAAUCCUCCUACAAUGGAGAGUAUGGAGGAGAGGGAGGAGAGCCCUUCUCUCACUCUGGCAACCAACUAGAUGGCCCCAUCACUGCCAUUCGAAUCCGAGUCAACAGAUACUACAUUGUGGGACUUCAGGUUCGAUAUGGCAAGGAAUGGAGCAACUAUGUUGGGGGUUCCCAGGGCAACCUGGAGGAGAUUCUUCUGUUCCCCGGGGAAUCAAUCAUCCAUGUAUCUGGCAGAUAUAAAUACCAUGUUCUGCAGUUGGUCUUUGUGACAGACAUGGGCCGAUACCUGCUUUUUGGCAAAGCUACAGGCACCAGCUUCAAUGCCGCCCCACUGUAUCCCAACACCGUUCUUCGAUUCCUCAGUGGCCGCUCUGGCUCCCUCAUCAAUGCUAUUGGCUUUCACUGGGAUGCUUACCCCCAGUGAAUGCAGCAGCUGCUAACCAUCCAGACACAGCAGGCCCUCCCUCUCCUUGGAAAAGUUCUUGUCCCCUCAGGAACUACUAAAGUGGUUGAAUAAAAAGAUGUUGCUCGAGUCAGUUUGUGGAAGUGUGCCGCUGUUGUGUGUCUCUAAUUUAGAGCAUGCAUGUGUGCCUAAAUUUGUAUAUGUGAAUCUCAAAGUGCUGUAAUUUUGUUUGGCAUUGUACCAAAGGAUACUUGUGUCUUAAACAGUUCUAAUCUCUGAAACUGUUUGCUCACCUACAAAAUGAGCAAUCUGGAAUUAUGCCCAAAGAAUUAUUAAACUGUGUAUACCCUUUGAACCAGCAA